UUGCUGUCCUUAAAAAAAAAACAGGUUAUCAUCGUUUCUCCGACAGUCCGACCUCCGCAAGUUCUGUCGUUCUGAUUGUCAUCGCUUUUACGUAUUUUCUUGAUGCACAAAUUGCACAAGACUUGCCCACCGUUCGUGGUCAUUUCGUGGGUUCUUCAUCUUCUUUAAGUGCUGUUCUAAAAUAUUUUUAUUAAAAAUACUGAAAAUCGUAUUAUCCAUUUUUUUGUCACCAUUUUUCUGAUAACAUAUCCAAUUUAUCGAAUCAAUAAUCAUCGUCGUUCACUCUUUUUAAAGUCUGCGAAUCCAGAUUCGUUGUUAUUACUAUUUCAUUUUUAUUAGUUAAUUACUCAGUUUUUCCCUAACUUGUUGAAGUCAGUAGAGAAAGGUAAUAGUUUUAAAUUCACCCAAUCCAUCAUGUCUGAAGGCGAAGCCGGUACGGAUAGUGAAACUAGACCAAAGGGCAUUGAAGCUCUUAAACAACAUGUUGUCUCCCAUAAAGUGGAAGUAUCUCUUUGGUGUACAAGAUUAGCAACAAUUAUUUUUACGUUUGCAUACAUUCUGCCACUUUUCUGGAAUCCAGCUAGUGCAUAUUAUAGAAUUUUAUUGGCAAAUGCAGCUACAAGUGCAUUACGUCUUCACCAACGUUUGCCAGCCAUGCAAAUUUCUUUACAGUUCCUGACACAAUUAUUCAAAGAAGACAGUUGUCAUUACCUAUUGUACUCAGUGAUAUUUUUAUAUGUGUCACCUAAUAUCCUUGUAAUCCUGCCAGUGUUUUUAUUUUCAACGGUGCACUUUGCCAGCUAUUCUCUAACUUUACUUGAUCUUCUUGGUCAAAAUGCAUGGUGGGGUGCUCGGCUAUUGAUAUCUUUGGUUGAGUUCCAAUCACGAAGUAUCUUACGCCUAAUUGCCUUCUCUGAAAUCUUAGUUAUGCCACUCACAUUAUUCAUGUCAUUCUUUGGCCGCUCUGGAUUGUUAUCUAUUGUGUUCUACUAUCAUUUCCUCACAUUACGAUAUGCUUCACAACGUAAUCCACAUACAAGACUCAUGUUUACUGACCUUCGUAUAGCAGCUGAAAACUUUGCAAACAAAUCAGGCACACCAUCUUUUUUGCGAUCUGCUAUUUUAUCGGGUAUUGCUACCAUUAGUCGGAUGGCUCCCGCAGUACCGCAAAAUUAAUAAUCUUUGACUUAUUCAUUGUCAUUAUUUUUAUUUAAGUGCAUGUUGGUGGGAUUUAUCUAACACAUGUUUCAUUAAUCAUUAGUCUUAGAGAUAUAGAAUGCCAUUUGGACAUACAUACUAAAUGUAUAAGAAUUAUUGCUUGGAUUUUUAUGUUUAUUUAUUAUUAUUAUUUUAUUUUAUUUGGUUCCGGUUCUUCUAUUUAAAAUAAAAUGAAUAUUCAAAUUAUAUUUUAGUACAUAUUAUUUGUAUUCAGAAAUUUGUGUUGAUAGUAUUUUCUUUGUGGACUAAAGUAAUUCUAUAUAAUUUUAUUUUAAAUAAUUUUCACAAGGGUUUGAAUGUUUGCCAUUUUGUUUAAAAAAAACACAUUUGAACAAAUUUAAUUUGAAUUACUUUAAAAUAAGUUUAAUUUUAUGCGUGCAUAAAGACUAAACAGUAUAUUAUACCUUUUAUAAAUUAAAAACUAACCAUAUUAAAAUUAAAACUAUUAUUGUUUCUUAAUUUUUAAGUGUUCUGUGAUUUAAAAAAAAAAAUAUAUAUAUAUUAUUCUUUUUUUUAUGAACAUAGUAUUAUAAUUUAUAAAUUAUAAAUGUAUUCACCAAAUAAAUAAAAUAUAAAUUCAUCGAAUAGAACGUAUAAAAAAAUGCAUUUAAGUUUGACUGACACAAGUACAACAUUCAAUAUUGUUUUAGAACAUAAAAAAAUUUAUUUAAUUUUCUGGAACUUUAUAUUCUAUUUACAAUUAUUUUAGAUGGCAUUUUUAUUUAAUAUUCCAUAAAAAUGCCAUUUUAUUGCCUUGAAAAUAAAAUUCUAAAAUUAAUCAAUCUACUAAAAAAAUAUAUUCUUUAUACCUACAACGUUGCCAAAUAUAACAUAAAUACUUACUUGUGUAGUCGUGUAUAAACCAUGUAUUGAAAUAUAAUUUUUGUUAAUUAAGUUUAUUAUAUGUAUACACAGUAGGUAUCUACUAUAAGGUGAUUAUAGGUACUUGACUAAUAUUUCAUGUUAGAUGCAAUAUUAAGCAGUUAUUUGAUAAAAUUAUGUUAUAAGCACUUAAGUUUACUGUAUUUAUAUUUUAAUCUUUAAACUCACAAACAGUAAUAGAUUAAUUUUAUAUAAAUCAUUGUUUUUAUUCUUUUGUAAAUACAAAAUUUUGCCUGAAUAAAAUUAAGGUUUUGGUUAAUA